GACUAUCGAUACCACUCUCGUACGUACUCGUCCUUUUCUUUUACAAACGCAAUCACUCCUUGCUACAUACACGUUCCCCUUUGAUUCUCCAUCUCCCCGCCGAAUACCUCCUUAGUCUUUUGAUCCAAUACCAAGUCUCGUUCUCGUUCCUAGUCUGAGCCUCUUCGUUCUUGAGACCACUCACUUAGAUAUAAAGCCUCUCCUUACCUUCUGUAGACUUCAGUGAGUUCACUCCCCCUCACUCAUCUCUCGUUACUCGUGAUCCAUCAAUCCCCGUCGAACUCAUUAGCAGCAUUACACUCCAUAUUAAUGUUUCAUCCAACCCUGUCAGAAUUCGAUAUCAUUUUUGCUGGAGGUGGCACUACAGCCUGCGUUGUCGCAGGUCGCUUAGCUGCACAUGAUCCCUCGCUGAGGAUCUUGAUUCUGGAAGCGGGUCAACACAGUCUCAAUAAACCUAUUCAUAUGCAACCCUCUCAAUCUCGCUUCAACACAGCACCGACGAGCACCACGGUCACAUUCAACAUCGGAAAUCCAUCUCCUCGUCUCAAUGACCGUGUACCGAUCGUUCCCUGCGGCCGUUGCGUUGGUGGAGGCUCAUGUGUAAAUUCUAUGGUAUACACUCGUGCACCAGCUUCGGACUAUGAUGAUUGGGGAGUCAAUGGUUGGGAAUCUGAGAAUUUGAUUCCCCUCAUGAAGAAGCUGGAGACAUAUGAGGUGCAGCCUGGUCGUCCAACCCACGGCUACGACGGACCUAUCAAGGUGUCCUCCGGUAGGCCUGAAUUGGGUAUCUCAGGCGAGUUCAUCCAGGUUGGCAAGACCUAUCACAAGAGGCAGUAUGCCGAUGACACCGAUGAUUUGGAAACAUGCAAUACAUACAGUGUGAGUUUUGGUAAAAGGUACAUUGACGGGACAACCGGAAGGCGUUCGGACGCGGCCCACCACUAUAUCUACAACCAAGCUCACAACCCGAAUUUACACGUCUGGGACGGAAAGCGCGUGAAGCGCAUCAUCUUCGAAGACAGGCGUGCUGUAGGUGUCGAGUUCACCAGCGACCCAGUGUCUUGCCCAGACGCGGAUCAGUCGUCGAGUAUUGUGAGAGCAUCAAAACUUGUUGUUAUCUCUGCUGGGACGUUCGGUUCCCCGACCGUUCUGGAAAGGUCUGGGAUUUGUGCCGAGAUGAUCCUCAAGCGGUGCGGUAUCGAGCCACUAGUGAAUUUGCCUGGCGUCGGAGAAAAUUAUCAAGAUCACAAUCUCGUCGUCGUUCCAUACCUGGCUGCCGACGAGGUUGUUAUCACGGACGCCCCCUGGCCCGGGGAGAGUAUCAUACAGGACAGCCUUGCACAACGUAACAGCAGCGGCAAGUCAUUGAUUGCACAAAAUGGCAUCAAUUCAAAAAUAAAGUGGCGUCCUGAUGACGAGGAAUUAAAGGCCAUAGGUCCAGCUUUUCAAUCACGCUGGAAGGAGUUCUUUCAGGACCGCUCAGACAAGGCUGUUGCAAUAUUCGCUCCUUUUGCGCGAUAUAUUCCACCGCUCUCGAGGCCACUCUCGGGUAUCCUUCCUCCUCGCAAUUACAUGACUGCCAGUUAUUAUACACUUUACCCCGUGUCUGUUGGAAGCGUUCAUAUUAAAGUGACGGAGAAUGGUAAAGAAGGAAUGGACUUUACUACAGGGUUCCUAGACGAUCCAUCCGAUAUUGUUCCUCUUGACUUCGGGUACAAAAAGACGCGCGAAAUUUUUCGACGAAUGACUUCCUACCGAGGUGAAGUUGCUGCUGGCCACCCUGAUUUCCCAGAGGGAAGCGCUGCAGCAUGCAGAGAAGCUUCCGGGCCAGUGGACUUGCAUGCGCCUGACAUCGUCUACACUGCCGAAGAUGACGAGGCGAUCAAUCAAUUCCACCGCAACAUUGUGCAAACGGCAUGGCACUCGCUUGGGACUUGUGCCAUGAAAUCGGAGGCAGAUCAAGGAGUCGUCGACGCUCGGCUAAAUGUAUACGGCGUGUCGAGCCUGAAGGUCGCAGAUAUGUCCAUUGCGCCGUUGAACGUUGGCACGAACACGUAUUCGACGGCACUUCUUAUCGGAGAGCGGGCUGCGAUGAUCAUUGCUGAAGACUUGGGUAUCAAUUGCGCUUGA